AUGGCCGAUUUCUCUGAAUUCACCGGCCCAAGCGAUGACUGGGUCGCCCUAGAGCCCACUAUCCCGACCCCGCCCAAACUUUCCGUCGAGGAAUUGAAGCGAACAGUCAACCAGGGCCGCGAGGAGCUGGCGGCGAAAGCGAUGAUCGGCCAAUGCCUAGCAUCCGAAAUCAAAACACAGGAUUUGAGUAUCACAACCCGUGACGGAGAAUCACUUGAAGCACGUAGUUACCGCCCUUCUGGCAUUCCUUCCUCCGAAAAACUGCCUGUAUAUGUUCAUCUCCAUGGGGGAGGUUAUCUGUUUGGAACGCUGUCCUCCGAAGACGCAAUCUGUGCCCGGAUUGUGGCUUCUCGCGUGGAGAAGGGCAGCCCCGUCGUUGUAUUCAACGUCAAUUACCGCCACACUCCAGAAUAUCGCUAUCCAACUGCAUGGGAUGAUGUCGAAGAUGCCUUUAUCUGGCUCCAUGAACACAUUGGCGAGAUCGGUGGUCUUGCGGACCAGGUUGUGGUUGGCGGAAUUUCUGCCGGCGCCCAGCUGACGGCUUCAUUGACACUGGCUCAGAUCCAUGGCGAUAAUAAGCAACUUGCCGCAUGUCCCAGGAUCAGAGGCCAGGUUCUGAUGAUUCCAUGUGUUGUGCAGAUGCAAUAUUAUGCACCGCGCCAGGACCUACUUAGUAGUCCGGAGGUGUCGAGCUUAGUGCAGUGUGCUGAAGCACCUAUCCUGCCAAUAUCUCGAAUCCAGCUGUUCAUGUCACUGCUAGGGCUCGAUGAAGUCCCGGAUGCUGGCCGUGAUCUUCGUAUGAAUCCGGGCAACGCAACUGCAAGCGAAGUCAAAGAGCUUCCGCCGACUACAUUUGGCAUUGCGGGCAAUGAUCCCCUGCGUGAUGAGGGUCUCUUCUACGGAAAAUUGCUCAGUGAGAACGGUGUUCCAACCAACGUCCAUGUUUUCCGCGGCGUACCCCACGGUUUCAGGCGAUACGGUGACAAAUUGUCCGCCAGUAAAAAAUGGGACCAAGUCAUGAGUGACGGCAUUUCCUGGGCGUUGAGCAAUCCGUCCCCAGAACCCUUCGAAAUCAAUUCAGAUUAG